GUGUAUAAGUAAAGGAGCAGCAGAGAUACUGGCCAGCACGGGGAAGCACAGCUACUAUUUUGUAACGACUUCAAAGGGAGUGUAAUCUGUGGAAAGGCUGAAUCACUGCGCUGUGCGCCUGGAGCUAGCACAGCAUUGCAAGUCAACUCUACGUUGAUUUUCAGAAAUGUGUACUUAAUCAAUACUGUAUUCCAGCUUCUUGUAUAAAAUACGCAGAGUAUGCUUUUCCCACAUAAUCUGGUCAGAAUUUGCAUGGCAUACAGAAAUGUUGUUGCUCUAGAAUUAAUUAUCAUUUCAAAGUGUGUGUUUAAUGAUGGUUGAGGAGAUGCCCAAGGCUUUUGUGAGUUGCUUUUAACUGAACUUUUUCUAACAGAAGUUGGGAGUGUGUCCAUCCCAUGGCGGACACUCCUGGUGGCUCCCCAGGUUGCUGUUGUUAGGCGGGUGCACCUGUUGCCCAGCAGCUGGACUCCUGUGUGAGCACGAGGAGGUCGUGCAGGUCCUCUACCCCAGCCCUCCGCCCCCCGCCUGCAGCCAGUGGCCAGCUGAUGGGAGGUGCAUUCCAGAAGGUCGGCCCGGCCUCGGGGAGCCAGUGACCUGAGGUGCAGCUUUCGCCGAGGUCCAGCCAGACCACGGCCUGGCGCAUUCCCCCCUUCUCUGUCCAGCUUCCCUCCCUGCUCCCAAGGUUUCUCCCGGGAGCUGUUCCUGCAGGAGAAGCCCUGACCCCGGCUCUGCCUGUUUUUGCCUGAGCACCCUCAGACGCAGACGCCGAGAGAGGGCUGUGUCCCGUGACGCCACCUCUGUGUGUGUCAGCAGUCAGCCCGUCUUCCUUCAUCUUUCCCCUGUUUUUUUAAUAACUGAGCAUUUUGUGAUGCGUCUCACACUUAGGACAUUUCCUCCACAUCAGCGCUUCUGUCCCCAGCAGGUCCUGGACGCCUCGUCCCUCAGCUUCAGCACCAGGCUGAAGUGGUUCGCCAUCUGCUUCGUGAGCGGCAUCUUCUUCUCCAUCCUCGGGACUGGAUUGCUGUGGCUUCCUGGUGGCAUAAAGCUUUUUGCAGUGUUUUAUACCUUUGGAAAUAUUGCUGCCUUAGCCAGUACGUGCUUUUUAAUGGGACCCAUGAAGCAGCUGAAGAAAAUGUUUGAAACAACACGAUUGCUUGCAACGAUUAUUAUGCUUCUGUGUUUCGUACUUACCCUGUGUGCUGCUCUCUGGUGGCACAAGAAGGGGCUGGCCUUACUAUUCUGCAUAUUGCAGUUCCUGUCGAUGACCUGGUAUAGCCUGUCUUACAUCCCGUACGCAAGGGAUGCAGUAAUUAAAUGCUUUUCUUCACUCCUGAGUUGAAAACCAGAAACUCUGAAAAGACCAUUUGAAAGUUGAUGUUCUGUUUGUGGUGAAGUAUACUUUUCCUGGUACAGUAGUCACUCAAAAAACAACCGCACUGACCGGUUAAGACCAUUUGUGUACUGAUAAAAACUACUUGCUGAUUAAACUCUUCAAUGCUUGUGACGUUAAACUCACUGUGUGUCUGCCAUUAAUGUGCUCUUCCAAAGAUGAGAUUUUUAAUCAUUGCCAUUUGUAAAUGAUUUUUAGCUAGUUUGUUUAAUCUUUUCUAAGCAACAUUUGAGAUGUGAACAUUUAAGGAUAGACCUGUGCUGCAAGAUAGAUUCAGUUCUGGCGGUUUUAAAAUGUCUACAUUUAAAAAAAUGUCUUUUUAAAAUAAAAACUGUAAAUGUGAAAGUUUUUACUUUAAGCUAAAAAUUGUGUAUUAUAUGUAAUAAAAAUAAUAUAUAAACCUUUACAAUUUUGAAAUAAACCCACACUUGGAAAAACAGCA